GCAGCUCUGCCAUUUGGAACCAUCCUUGUGAUUCUACUUAUAUGGGCAUUCCUUACUUCCCCUUUGCUCAUAUUGGGUAGGGUUGCCGGUAAAAGCAGCAUAACUGAAUUCCAAGCUCCAUGCCAUACCAACAAGCACCCAAGAGAAAUUCCUGAUUUGGCAUGGUAUCGAGGUACCAACCUCAGAUGGCAAUGGCAGGAUUCCUUUCUUUUAGUGCCAUCUAUGUAGAAGUAGAACUCUACUAUAUAUUUGGUAGAGUGUGGGGUCACAACAUAUAUACAAUAUAUAGUAUGCUUUUUAUUGUUUUCAUUAUUCCUAUAAUUGGCACAGCGUUCAUCACUGUUGCAUUGACAUAUUUCCAACUUGCAGCAGAGGAUCAUGGGUGGUGGUGGAGAUAUGACUAUUCAGAAUAUGGAGCAUCUACUGGGUACCGAAGAUGAUGUAGUGAAUUGGCUUCAUGGACAUGGUUUAUGGAAACUAGCGAAAGAACCGUACGAUCCCUUAUGGAUCAAAGGAGGAGGUCAUUGCAACCUAGAGUUAUAUCCAGACUACAUCCGUCACCUAUGCAUGUUUAUUCGGGAAAUGGAGAACCUCACGACUGCAACCCGACUUAAGAAGAUCCGGCAAACUCUCAAACUCCCUGCCAAAGCUGUCGCAACCACCAGCUCCACCGCCUUCACGACCAACUGUUGUUGCCAAAUUAGAUGCCGGAAACCCGAUUGCUGGAGUUGCCCACGGAGAGGAUGUCUGAUGGUGCGAUGCUCCAAGGGAUCUGCAUACCUGUGCAACUGGUGUUGUGGAGAUUGGCAUUGAUGGUGGCAUCCGCUGCACAGAUUUGCUCAAACUUCUAAACCUGUCUAUUGUAUCGAAACAUUAACGAAGGCAAUCGGACUAUCGUUCGUGUGCAAAUUAAGAGAAUAGAUACCAGUUUUCUUUAACUGAACUUCGCUGAUUAUCUCUAUGCUGUUGAAAUAUCAAUUUGUUGGUAUUAUGUAGUCAUUGCCAAUUUGGCGAUGGUGUGCUUAUGCUGCUAAAUAUAUGCAAGAUUAUGAGAGGAAA